AUGAAAAUGAGUUAUAGUGUGUCUAGUAAAAGAUCAUUACCUAUGUGGAGUUUCUAUAACGGUGGAAUUUGCGGAAAUUCACCACACUCCUUCAAUGAAAGUUUGAGAAUUCAAGAAUUGCCACUUUUGAGUGACAAUGGUUCCUCCUCAGCCUCAGGUGAAGAACCUCAGGAUGCAGAUUAUGUUCUACCAUUACCAUAUCUCAGUGAUGAGAUAGAGACAAUGAUAUUGUCGCGGUUUCCGAUAUCAAAACACUGGAAAAUGUGUUGCUUAAACAAGAAGUAUUUGAAUCUAAUGAAGAGUGGUGAAAUUUAUAAGAUAAGGAGAACGAUAGGGCUGAAAGAAUCAUCAGUUUUUAUGUUGGCAAGUGGUGAGAGGAAUUGGUGUGUGUUUGAUGGUGAAUUCAAGUCAUGCAAGAAAUUGCCAAUUAUUCCAUCUGAUUAUAAAUUUGAAUGUGGUGUUAAAGAGCCCUUUUCUGCUGGCACACAUUUAUUUGUUUCAGGUAUGGAGAUUGAUGGAACAGUUAUAUGGAGAUAUGAACUAACAACAAAUGAAUGGUUCAAAGGUCCAUCAAUGAUAACACCAAGGUGUGUCUUUGCAUCAGCUUCAUCUAACACUUUUGCUUAUAUUGCUGGUGGACUUGAAACAGAAAACUGCAUUGAAGUUUUGAAUUCAGCUGAAAAAUACAAUUCCGAAAACCAAACAUGGCAAAAACUCCCAAACAUGAACCAAAAGAGAAAAUGUUGUUCAGGUUGUUACUUGGACAACAAGUUUUAUGUAAUUGGAGGCCAAGAUGAAAACCGAAAGAAUCUAACAUGUGGUGAAUUCUUCGACGAAAAGACCAACAAAUGGAACUUGAUUCCAAACAUGUUGAAAGGUAUUGUUCUUUCGAGUUCAAGAUCACCGCCUCUUAUAGCCGUUGUUACCAAUGAAUUGUAUUCGCUCGAUGCUUCGUCGAACGAGGUUAAGGUUUAUGUGAAAGGUAAGAAUUUGUGGAAGAAAAUAGGGUUUGUUCCUGUGAGAGCCGAUAUACAAGGCGGUUUGGGGAUCGCAUUCAAAUCUUUGGGAAAUGAAUUGCUUGUUAUUGGUGAUAGUUCUAAUUCUUGUUCACAUAAGACUUUGAUGAAGAUUUAUACUUGUUUGCCUCAUCAUGAUUUGGAGGUUUUGGAAUGGAAGCAAAUUGUGUGUGGGAGUGGAAAUCUUAAUCCUUUUAUUUAUAAUUGUGCUGUUAUGUUAGCUUGA